CUUAGUGAUGCUCCCGAUAUCCUUGACGUGGUAUGACAGACAGGUAACUCAAUGUAGGACAACACUGUGACAUGGUUCGAGGCACAGAGAUGAAACCGCUGAGACAAGACUGGUUAGUGUCUGUGGUAUUGACGGUGUUGGUAGUGGCAGUGCUGGUGGAAUCUAAACGGAAAGAAAUUAUUGUGAUCGGUGGAGGCAUUGCCGGACUUGCAGCUGCUCGAACUAUUAAAAACAACAGGACAGCAGACUACCAUGUGAGAGUGUUUGAGGCCAGGAGGAACCGCUAUGGUGGGCGUGUAUGGACAGACAAGAAAGACAUACCCCAUGCCACUGGUGUGGAGGCAGAUUUAGGAGGUGCCGUCCUCAACUCGGCAGCCAGCAACAACCCGUUGCUCAAUCUCACAAAAGUGGAACUACAAACCACUAAAUUGGGACCAAUGCAGUUGUUUGUGACCAAACUCAACAAGAGAUUUUCAGGAACUGAACUGGUUGAAGCCUUUAUUGAGGCCAGAAAGCGGUAUCUGCUAGCAAUAGAGAGUGUGAAGGGAGAAGACCGAUCUGUGCGGAGUGUUGUCUCUCAGGCUAUCGAUGACUUGAGGAGUCUUGGAGAUGUUGAUAAGGAGGUUGUCAUUAGCAUCAUGGAACUCCUGCCUACUUACAACUUCCAAGACUUCUCAGCUGCCCUGUAUCAAGCAGAUCUCAUUGACUUUGGCUUUGACACAUUUCUCCUGGAUGGCAUGGGGGAGUUGACAGACAGACUAGUGAGUGGUGGAGAUGGAGAGUCACACCUGUCUAUAGAGCUGCGUAAUGUUGUGAGACAGCUCAAGGUCGAUGACCGCAACAAGGAGGUGAUCGUCAGGCUGCGCGAUGGCAGCCAAGUCCGUGCUGAUGCUGUGGUAGUUGCUGUGCCAGCUGCCGUCAUUAGAGACGAGAGUCUGAUGUUUGAGCCCAUGCUGCCUGGGCCGUACAGGAAGGCAUUGAAGGAAAUGGGGACAUCGUAUGGCAACAAGCUGAUUGUUGAGUUUGACGAGGUGUUCUGGCCGACCGAUGUGGGAGUGUUUCUAUUGGCCGACCGUGAUGCAGAGCAGGGAAUGAUGCAGAAAUGGUUGAACAUGCACAAACUUGUAGGUCGACCUGUCCUCGUCAGUAUGAUUGGCGGUCCUGCAUCACUAAAGUUUGAAAAUAUGACAGAUGAAGAAGUGAAAAGUCUGGUGCGUGAACGUCUCACUACACUGUUUGGCCCUGAUGCUGAGUCAAGGGAGAUAGUAAAACUUCUGCGUUCAAGUUGGAAAAGCACAGUGUAUUCUGGGCUAGGCAACUCAUACCCUAAAGUUGGCAAUGAUAUCAGCAUGUGGAACACAUUGUCAGAGCCGCUGUGCCCAUAUAUCUACUUUGCCGGGGAGCACACUAUAUUCAAAGGAAUCGGUACACUCCAUGGUGCUUACAACUCAGGCAUUAGGGCUGCUGAACAAAUAAUGUCUGAACUGUGUGAGCAGCGAGCUAGAGAAGAAGAGAGGAGAAGGCAGGAAGAAGAAAGGAAGAGGAAAGAGAAGGAAGAAAAGAAAAAGAAGAAAGAGAAAAAGAAAGAUAAAACUAAAAAGAGUGAGAAGAAAGAUGAGUUGUAACUAGUUGGAAUUUUGAUAACAUCUGUUAUUUUGAAACACAUUUGUACAGUU